GCCGCGCCGGAAGGGGGAUGUGAUGUAAACUCGGACAGAAACUUUCUCGGCGGCUCUCCGGGGCUCUGGAAGUUUGGCGGACAAAAAAAAAAAGGAAAAGUGCCGCAGCGCCGUGGAGGACGGAACGGGACAGAACGGGGCAGCGGAGUUCACGAGCAGCUCAUCGCCGACUUGAGGCGCACCGACUGGAGGUACACGGAGCUCAUCUUCACCCCUUUGGAAAUGUAGACCUGAGGCUGGAAUAGCAGACGCCCUCCCCAUGAUGCUGUGCUUCCUGCUGCUGCUCAUACCAGCUGACGUGUCCUCUCAGAUUGACCCACGGCACUGCCGCUAUGCGCUGGGCAUGCAGGAUGGCACCAUAAAGGAUGAUGACCUCACAGCAUCUAGCCAGUGGUAUGAGAGCACCGGACCACAUUACGCAAGGCUCAACAGGGAUGAGGGGGAUGGCGCCUGGUGCCCAGCGGGCCUCCUUCAGCCUUCAGACGUGCAGUUUCUCCAAAUUGACCUCGGUGCCCUCUACUUUGUGACACUGGUGGGGACGCAGGGACGGGAUGCCAGGGGAAAUGGGAACGAGUUUGCCCGCAUUUACCGGAUGGACUACAGCAGAGACGGCGAGCGAUGGAUGUCUUGGAAGGACCGCAGCGGUAAAAAGGUGAUCCAGGGCAACGAGAACCCUUACGAGGUGGUCCUGAAGGACCUUGGCCCACCCAUCAUUGCCCAGUACGUGCGGAUCAUCCCGGUCACAGAAAUCCCCACCACGGUGUGUCUGCGUGUUGAGAUCUACGGCUGCGUCUGGAGCGAUGGGCUUACGUCCUACGAGGCUCCGGAAGGUCAGACCAUGGCUGCCCCGGGUUAUCCCAGCACGUACCUCAACGACUCGACCUACGAUGGCAUUCUGGAGCGCAGGUGGCUACAUGGUGGCCUUGGGCAGCUGACCGAUGGGCUCAUUGGACUUGAUGACUUUGUGCAGACCCACCAGUAUCGCGUGUGGCCGGGCUACGACUAUGUGGGCUGGAGGAACGAUAGCUUCAGCGAGGGCUACGUGGAGCUGCACUUCAUCUUUGAUCGCUUGAGAAACUUCACUUCCAUGAAGGUUCAUUGUAACAACAUGUUCACAAAAGGCGUGAAGAUCUUUCAGCAGGUCUCCUGCGUCUUCAAGCGGCAGCUGGUCUCCAACUGGGAGCAGGAGGAGGUGGGCAUCACUACCAUCCUGGACGACAAGAACCCCAGCGCCCGCUUUGUAACCGUGCCCCUGGGUGGCCAGCUGGGUCGGGCGGCACGCUGUCGCUUCUGGUUUGCGGAUACCUGGAUGAUGCUGAGCGAGAUCUCCUUCCAGUGCAGCGCAGAUGAGUCGAGGAGCAAAGCUGCACCUGUCAACACGCGGCUGCCAUCUAGGCUGAGCACGUCGGCUCCUGCUGUGGGGUCCACCAUUGGCCAGAGUCCAAGUAUACCAGUCAAGACCACACCUCCAUUUGUAAUGAGCCGGCCUGUGGAGCGCCCCAGUGACUCGGGCACCUCAAUUCUGAUUGGCUGCCUCGUCGCUAUCAUCCUGCUGCUACUUGUCAUCAUCUUCCUCAUUCUGUGGUGCCAGUGUGUCCAUGGAGGAGUGCACAAGGCCCCACGGCGGAUCUUGGAAGAAGGGACGACCAUGUGGUUGUCACCCUGCGGUUCUGCCUUUGUGACCCAGGACCCACCCGUUCCAUCACGUGAUGCCCAGACUACCUCUGAAUACGAGAGGAUCUUCCCGCUUACUGAUGAAGACCCCCCACUGGCACCUCCUGCCCAUGUGAGAAAGUCAACUGUGAAAACUGCCAACUCAGGACGCCGACUAAAGAAUGUUGAGCCGGACCUGACGCAGUGCACGUCUCGCCAGGCCUCCCCCCGCAGUACCCCCCACUAUGCUGAGCCAGACCUGACGCAGUGCACCCCUCGUCAGGGCUCCCAGGCCGGCGCCCCUCACUACGCCGAGACGGACAUCGUGAGCCUACAAGGGGUGACCGGCAGCAACAUGUAUGCCAUCCCAGCCCUGACGGUGGAGUCCCUGACACGCAAGGAGGUCUCGGUGGGGGAGUUCCCGCGCCACUUCCUGCGCUUCCGUGAGAAGCUUGGCGAGGGCCAGUUUGGAGAGGUCCACCUGUGUGAAGCGGUUGGUUUGCAGCAGUUUCUCCAGGGUGACAGUCACCUCUUGGAUGACAAUGCCCAGCCAGUUUUGGUUGCUGUGAAGAAACUUCAGGACAAUGCCAGCAGAAACGCCAAGAAUGACUUCCUGAAGGAAGUGAAGAUCAUGUCCCGCCUGAAGGACCCCAACAUCAUCAGCCUGCUGGCGGUGUGCAUCACCUCGGACCCGCUGUGCAUGAUCACUGAGUACAUGGAGAACGGAGACCUCAACCAGUUCCUGUGUCAGCGUGAAAUGGAGAGCACGCUCACACACGCCAACAACAUCCCGUCAGUCAGUCUCACUGACCUGCUGCACAUGGCUGUCCAGAUCUCCUCCGGCAUGCGCUACCUGGCCUCGCUCAACUUUGUUCACCGUGACCUGGCCACCAGAAACUGCCUGGUGGACCACCAACUCACUAUCAAGAUUGCAGACUUCGGCAUGAGCCGCAACCUCUACAGCUGCGACUACUACCGGAUCCAGGGGCGCGCUGUGCUGCCCAUCCGCUGGAUGGCCUGGGAGAGCAUCCUGUUGGGAAAGUUCACCACGGCCAGCGACGUGUGGGCCUUCGGCGUGACCCUCUGGGAGAUCUUCACCCUGUGCAAGGAGCAGCCCUACAGCCAGCUGUCCGACGAGCAGGUCAUCGCCAACACCGGCAGCUUUUUCAGGAACGAGGGCCAGCAGAUCCUCCUCACCUCGCCACCCCGCUGUCCCCAGCUGCUCUUUGAGCUGAUGCUGCGCUGCUGGAGUCGGGACAUUAAGGACAGACCCUCCUUCGAGAAAGUGCACCGCUUCCUGCGGGACUGCGCCCCCUAGCUGCCGGCCCCCCGCGGAGCCAAAUGAAGCUGUGGAGGCGCGGCGGACGUGGCACGGGGAGGCCCUUGGCUGGACGCCCGUGUGCCACGCACCCUGGCACUGAUGCUGUACGCCUGAGGGCCGCGCCGGAGUGCGAGCGUGAGGGUCUCGCCUCCGGUGGGCCGUGGGACUGCAUUUCACGGAGGCGCCGCGGUGGUCUCCGUGGUCUCUCUGUAAAGCACUGUUUGUAUCGUCUUCCACCCACACUGGACUUUGCUUUCCUUGUUUGUUGCGUUUUGUGCCUUGAUGUGAAUGUGUAGAACAUGUGAGGUCGGCAGAGGUGGCCGCCGACCCCUGACCGAGGGACACUUUAAUGGGGCUUCACGCUGAACUACUGUCACCACGUGAGUGGACGUCGUCGCCCAAGGAACUGAAAAGCUGGGGGUCUCGCCACGUGGGGGCCACUCUGGAGCUCUGGCAUAACAGGUCAGAAUUGUAAAAUACGAGAAAAGGGCAAAUAAAGAAUGAGAAUGAGAA